UGUAUCCAAGCCGUCUUCGCAGCUGGUCCCUUCCCUGACCCUUCCCACAUGGGCUUCUUGGACGAGGAGGACAGCUGGAGCCUGUCCUUCGCCGGCACGGGUUACCUGGCUCUCUACCACUUUGGGGUGACCCACGGCCUGCGCCAGCGGGCCCCACGCCUCCUCCAGGGCACCCGCCGCAUCUACGGCUCCUCGGCUGGGGCCCUCAACGCCCUCAGUAUCAUCCGUGACAAGUCGGUGGACUACUGCUGCUCCAACCUCCUGGACAUGGUCAAGCACCUGGAGGGGCUGAGCCUGGGCGUCUUCCACCCGGCUUACGCACCCCUAGAAUACAUCAGACAGAGGCUUAGAGACUCUCUGCCCGAGGACUGUCACAUUCUGGCCUCCCAGAAACUGGGCAUCUCGCUGACCCACUGGCCCGAUGGCCAGAAUGUCAUAGUCACCGACUUUGCCGACAAAGAGGAGGUUGUCCAGGCGCUGGUCUGCACCCUGUUCUUUCCCUUCUACUGUGGGACGAUCCCCCCUGAGUUCAGAGGGGAGCGCUACAUCGAUGGGGCACUGAGUAACAGCAUACCCUUCGCCAGCUGCCCCUCCACCAUCAUGGUCUCACCCUUCAACGGGACUGUGGACAUCUGUCCCCCGAGCACCUCGCCCAGCCUGCAUGAGCUGAAUGCCUUCAAUGCCACCUUCCAGAUCUCCACCCUCAACUUCUUCCUGGGCUACAUGUCCCUCUUUCCCCCAAAAGCUGAGGUGUUGGCCAACAUCUGCAGACAGGGCUACUUGGACUGCCUGAGGUUCCUGGAGCAACGCGGGCUCAUCAAGGAAUCAGUGCUGCGGACGCUGGUAUCAAGGGAGUGGCCAGCCCCGGUGGAGGGGCUCCAGGAUGCCGACCAUGACCAGGGUUUUAACUGGGAUGUGCCCUACGUGUGGGUGAAGGAUGUGCCCAACUUCGAACAGCUCUCGCCGGAGCUGGAGGCUGCACUGAAGAAAGCUUGUCAGAGGGACCCCAGCACCUGGGCGCACUUCCGCCGCUCGGGGCUCGGGCAGGCGCUGACCUACCUGCUGCUUCCCUGGUCACUGCCCUUCGAGUACAUCUACUUCCGGAGCCGGAGGCUGGCCCUGUGGCUGCCCGAGGCGCCGGCUGACCUGCUGUGGAUGUGGGGGCUGAUGAAGAGCAUGGCGCACGAGGUCUUCUCCAGGAUGAGGGCUGGGCUCAGAAGUGAGGAGGGUGUGCACCUGCGCGGCUGGAGGCUGGGAAUGGAGGGCUGUGCGGCUAUGGAGCAGACUCUGGCUGCAGUGUCUUCCGGGAUGCGGCUGCAGGAUGGGCUGGAUGAGGCCACCUAG